GUGGGGGCUAUAGAGAUGUUGACUCCAGAUCUUUUCGCUGUACCUUAUAAGAAUCGUCGCGAAUUUGUUCGACCACACGAUAAGUACAACAUUAUAUUGGCCCUUAUUACAACAGCAACGGCAAGAGUGAUGCUUUACGACUUCAUGGAAAAAAUUGUAAAUGACAACGGGUGUAAACUUUUAUAUACCGAUACGGAUAGUUGUUUUUUUGUACACAAGCGUAAUAAAAAACCACCGUUUCGUGUUGGGGAUAUGCUUGGAAUGAUGAGUCGCGAAUAUGAAGAAUGGGCUAUUAUAUCUUUUUAUACAGGAGGAUGCAAACAGGUUUUUAAAUAA